AGAAGAUACGACGACUUUAAUGAGACUCUUCCUCUUCUCAGAUCAGAUCAGAUCAGUCUAUUGAAGCUGGUAUUUCACAACAGCCCUGUGACUCAGAGGGAAGAAACAAGCUGCAGUUAGAGGCGGAGCCACAGGUGAGGGAGGAGAGCUUCAGCGUCACUCUGAAGAAAUGAAACUUAAAGUUUGUCAGGGUGUCGACCACGCAGCCGUCCAGAAAGGUUUCCGUUUCUCUUCAAAGAAAUUAAACUAACUUCAUCCAAUCUUUGUCAACGACACAGCAGAGUCUCUGCAAACACUGAUAUGGCUGCUGCAAACUAUCAUUGGUCUGAGGAUCAGUUUCUCUGCUCCAUCUGUCUGGAUGUGUUCAAUGAUCCUGUCACCAUACCAUGUGGACACAACUUCUGCAAAAAUUGCAUCACUGAACACUGGAACACCAGCGACCAGUACAGGUGUCCAAUGUGUAAGGAAGCUUUUACCAAUAGACCUAAACUGAGGGUCAACACUUUCAUCUCUGAGAUGGUUGGUCAGUUCAGAGACAAAGCUCAGCAGGAAGCCAGCAGCAGCAGCAGCUCAGAGCUACAAGAGUCCAAACCAGUAGAAGUUCUAUGUGAAGCCUGCACUGGACCCAAACUGAAGGCCCUGAAGUCCUGCUUAGACUGUCUGGUCUCCUACUGUGAGACUCACCUGGAGCCUCAUCUGACAGCUUCACGUCUGAAAAGACACCAGCUGAUCGACCCUGUGGAGAACCUGGAGGACAGGAUGUGUACGAAGCACGAUAAACCUCUGGAGCUGUUCUGUAAGACCGAUCAGACCUGUGUCUGCAUGCUCUGCUCUGUUUUAGACCACAAGACACACAAGUUUGUUCCUCUGAAAGAAGAAUAUGAAGAAAAGAAGGCAGAGCUGGAGGAGACAGAGGCUGAAAUUCAGCAGAUGAUCCAGAAAACUCGACUGAAGAUUCAGGAGAUCAAACACUCAGUGGACCUCAGUAAGGACGAUGCAGACAGAGAGAUGGCAGAAGGUGUUCGAGUCUUCACCGCUCUGAAGGAGUCUGUUGAGAGAGGCCGGGCCGAGUUCAUCAACACGAUCGACAAGAAGCUGAAAACAACAAAGAAACAGGCCGAAGCUUUCAUCAAAGAGCUGGAGCAGGAAAUCUGUGAGCUGAUGAAGAGGAGCACUGAUGUGCAGCAGCUCUCACGCUCUGAAGACCACUUCCAUCUAAUCCAGAGAGUCCAGUCUGUUAACUCUGCUCCACCCACCAAAGACUGGACAGAGGUUAAUGUCUGUCAACCACUUUAUGAGGAGACUGUGAGGAACGCUGUGGCUCAGCUGGAGGAGACUCUCAGUGAAGAGAUGAAGAAGUUGUUGGAUCAAGCUGAGCUGAAGAGAGUCCAGCAGUAUGCUGUGGAUGUAACUCUUGAUCCUGAUACAGCACAUCCUGAUCUCAUACUGUCUGAAGAUGGGAAACAAGUUCAUCAUGGUGACGUGACGAAGAAUCUUCCAGACAACCCAGAGAGAUUCUCUCUUUGUGUUAGUGUUUUAGGAAAGCAGAGUUUCUCUUCAGGCAGAUUUUACUUCGAGGUUCAGGUUAAAGGAAAGACUUGUUGGUUUUUAGGAGUGGUCAGAGAGUCCAUCAACAGGAAGGGAUUAAUCACACUGAGUCCUGAGGAGAGUUUGUGGUCUAUAUGUUUGAGAAAUGGAAAUAAGUACACAGCCCUUGAUGACCCUCCAGUCCGUCUCUCUCUGAAGUGUCGUCCUGAGAAGGUGGGGGUGUUUGUGGAUUAUGAGGAGGGUCUGGUCUCCUUUUAUGAUGUGGACUCUGCAGCUCUGAUCUACUCCUUUACAGACUGCUCCUUCACUGAGAAACUCUUCCCUUACUUCAGUCCCUAUCUUAAUAAAGGAGGCAAAAACUCUGCACCUCUGGUCAUCUCUCCUGUCAGUGUGAAAUAAUCACUUACUUUCUAUACUGAUUUGACUUCAAAAGAACAAGGCUACAUAGUCUUUGUCAACACUAUAUUUUACAUCUUUCUUGAACAGAAUCUGCUGUUCUUGAGGUAUUAAACACCUGGGAUUGAUUCUUAAUCUUCUUCUGUAAAUAUACACAACUUUGUUUUAAUCAGAAAGGACCCAUGAAGAUUAUUACAAUUAUUGAUUGCCGUAGUGAGUUUUGGUCCUUUCUACCAUUUAUCUGUUUCUUAAUGAUUUGGGGGCCUUUUAUUUUGAAGGCUGGUUUGCUUCUUACCUGCUUAAGACUGGAUAGCGCCGGUAGGUAGGCUAUCAGUGCGUUAUUGAUGGAAACUCGUCGUCAUCCUCUCACAUCUUAUCAACCAGCUGGUAGGCGUACAGUGUAUUUUGUCGAUUUGAUUGUGAAGUGUGGGUACAGCAAUCCUGCUAACAACGUAGCUGUGCUAGAAUAAAUGCUAGCAUUAAGCUUAGCCAUGCUAUUUUAGCCACUAGCUGUUAGCCAUUUGGUCGUUGAAUUUUGUAUCUGUUUCUGACGUAAUAAAGGUCAUAGUAUUAAAGGUU